AUGGAUAGCACAGCAGCCUAUGUCAACGGAGAUGAUGAAGCAAUACCUCUGGUCAAGAUAGAAGGGCCCCCAGAAUACCAGGAGCAUAUGAAACAGCUACUUGCUGAUUCUAAGAUCAGACGUAGCUAUGAUGAUGAAAUACAUAUUCUGAGUAAUGAUCAUAGCACGCCUAGCUACUCGUCAGACAAGUCCGAGAUGAUCGCUGCUCUUCUUCAUCAAGUCAAGGAGCAAGCGGCCCAAUAUCUCCAUCGGCCUAUCAACAUCACAGCAUAUAGUCUUCCACGUGGCCUGGACACGGUUUCUUGGAACCAUCUCUGUGACUCGGUUUUUGAAACAAAUGUAACGAGCAUGGAUUAUCGCUUGUACAGAUCCGACUAUCUAGAUGCGGUGCGGGAUGCCUAUCGCCUUGACACAUGUGCAGGAUUCAGUCUCCCCGAGAGCUGUGAUUUGUAUCUCAAAAGCCAUUCGAUAUUCUUCAUAGACAUUGGUCGUGAGGGGUUGGUCAACUUAUGGGUGGGUUAUGUUGACGAAUAUGUCGUCAGAAUCUAUGAUGGGCAGCAUGUGGUAACUGCAUAUGAGUAUGAUGAGUCUGAAGAAAAGUCCGGCCUCUAUAGAUUCCAACAAAUACUUUGGGCUUUUAUAGAGGAUAACUUCACCUAUGACAUGACUGAGUCUUUUGGAGCAGUUGUUCUGAGCGGGGAAGCACCGCAGGAAGAGAUGCAUGCGAUGAAACAGGCCAUCUACCUUGCCCUCCCAGAGGAAUGGAGGCCGCUGCUCCGGGCGGUUAUUGACCCAUCUUAUGUGGCUGCUAUCGGCAUAGCGCGAAGAAUCGAGAAACACAUCGACAGACCGUGUUUCCGGGAAGAAGAUCUGUUGAAAUCUUAUAUGAUUGAUCCCCCAGACUACGACAUGAUCGUGGAAAUGCUAGACUACACUGAAUAUAUGGAGGGAGCAAAUGACUACUACCUACCCGGUGACGAGGAAUAUCCGUUUACCUCCACAGGUGGAUGUGAAUUGUCGUAAGUUGCAUUAACUCAUAAAUGCCAGGCCUAAUAAUAACUACUCACAGGAAAGAAUGUUGGGAUAAAUGUGGAUAUCGCCCGCAUCCUUCAUGUACUUGUACUUGCGAUGGGCAGAUCACUACAUUGUCUGAUCCUAGAUGCGAUGGGUAUAAUGGAGUAGAUGUGCCCAGUGGCCCUCUCUCAGCCUGCCAAGUCCGGGCUUUGAAUAUGAUGUUUAGAGGGCCUGCUAACUCUGUUAGCCAGAGAUGUCGAGAGGGUAG